AUGAUAUCCACUUAUACAACUACUUUGAUUUCUUGGCUCAUCACAUUAAUCUAUUUCGCACCCAGUGCAGUUGCAAAAUGGACUGCCAAAGUAGGCGACUCAUGGGAUUGCGUCUUGGACAACCCACCACGAAAGAUCAACCCCGAAACCAAAAUUUACGAUAUUGAUUUAUUUGACAGCUCUAAAAAACUCAUCAAAACACUCCAUUCGCAAGACAAGAUUGUCAUUUGUUACUUUUCCGCUGGCACUUUUGAAGAAUGGCGUCCAGAUGCUAAAAAUUUCACCAGAGCUGAACUAGGUAAGCCUUUGAACGAAUGGGAAGGUGAACGGUGGGUUAACAUAACUUCAUCAAAUGUUUUCCAAAUCAUGCAAAACAGGAUCUUGUUAGCCAAGACAAAAGGGUGCGAUGCAAUUGACCCAGAUAAUAUUGAUGGAUACGCUCAUAAAACCGGAUUGAAAUGGAGUAAACAAGAUUCAAUUGCCUACGUUAGGAAAUUGUCAAAAUAUGCUAAAAAGCAUGGACUAGCCAUAGGUUUAAAGAAUGGUGGUGAUAUCAUCAAACAAGUGUUGUCUUAUGUUGAUUUCUCAGUUCAAGAACAAUGUGGCCAAUAUGGUGAAUGCAAACAGUAUCAGCCAUUCAUCAAGGCCAAAAAGCCAGUUUUCCAUAUUGAAUACCCAAAAAAAUCUAAACGGAGUAAAAUCCAUUGGCCAUCAAAAGUGUACAAAGAGUAUUGUACUUUUAAACAUACUGGCGGAUUUUCUACCAUUUUAAAACACUGGAAUUUGAACGAAUGGGUUUACCAGUGUCCAAACUGA